CCCAUUCAGAAACCUCCAUUAUACCCCUAACUCACCUCCCUUUCACUCUCUCUUCUCUAGUCUCUACCGUAUAGAUAAGGGAAAACGGUAUUACUAUUCUCUCUCUCUCUAUUUCUCAUCUCUUUUCCUCUGUGUGUGUGCGUGGAAAGGUCUCUCUGAUCCCUCUCUGAGCCACUCUUAAAUACUACUUCCUCUUUUCGCACACUUGUCGUUCAGACCUUCGUCCCAAAAGUAAAAGGAAGAAAUCUGUUACUUUCUCCUUUUCCGGCAAUUCUCUGACUAGUGGUUUCUGCUGCAUCUAUCUAUCUAUCUAUCUAAUACAUAUAUAUAUCUUCUUCAUUUUUAUAAUUUUUAGUUUUUUCCCAUCAACCCCAAGGGGGAUCCUACUUAAAAAAGCCUAUUCCCUGAUCUUCCUCAACACCAAUGCAAAUCAUAAGCCACUCAUGAUAUAAUCACAGCUUGAAAAAUUAAAAAAAAAAAAAGAACUAUAUUAAUUCUCUCUUUCUCCUUGUCUCCUCCAACCUAGCUACUUAUUAAAAAAAAAAAUAUUCCAUUUAUACCCCUGAUCAUCAUCAGUUUCUUCUUUAUUUAGCUCUCCUCACCACCGUUAUGUUCCCAACCCAAAACGCCAUAAUGAGAGCCACAUCUUCUUUGCCUGACCUCUCCUUGCAGAUCAGCCCACCAUCACUAGUUCUGGAAAAUGAAGCUAAGGAAGUGGUACUCUCAUCAAGAAAACCAGCUCUACUUUUCAAUGAUAGAAGCUCAGCCACCGACUCAGGAAGCAGUACAAGCGAUUUGAGCCAUGAAAAUGGUUUCUACCCAUCAGAGAAUAAGAGUAUUUCUACUACUUUUGGCUCUUCUCAUGUGCCCACCUUGAGUCUAGGGCUUGAGAUGGUGAAGGAUUUGAUCAGCAGUACUGCUCAUCCACCAGUUCAUCAUCAUCAUCAUCCACCUAGAAGCUUUAGCAAUAGUACCGUUAGUCAUUUCCAACACCAACCUCAAAUCUUCCGCCGCGACUUUAAGCGAAACGCGAGAUCGAUUAGUGGGGUGAAGAGAAGCGUCAGAGCUCCGAGAAUGAGAUGGACCACAACCCUUCACGCCCAUUUCGUUCACGCAGUUCAGCUUCUUGGCGGCCAUGAAAGAGCAACGCCAAAAUCUGUAUUAGAGUUGAUGAAUGUCAAGGAUCUAACCCUAGCUCACGUGAAGAGUCACUUACAGGGGGUAAGGACAAAAGGGCAUCAAGCGGGGAUGUAUAGAACAGUGAAGAGCACUGACAAAGCAGCAGGUCAAGGACAAACAGAUAUGGGUUUGAACCAAAGGCCAGGGAUUAAUCUUGAUGAUCAUGUAGAUGGAGUUCUUUCUUCAGAGAAAUUUCACUUGCAGUCAAGAGUACUACCUCCAAAUUCCCAUGGAGGUCUAUGGUCAUCGCCAUCCCUAGACACAGCAGAAAGGAGCAACUCAAGUCAUGAAAACUGUUCAACAUUUUCUCGGUUCCAAGAAAAUGUGACCAAGGGGGACAAACAAAACUCAGAUAUCCAAGUAUCUGAUAGCUUGAAGGAGAGGAUGGAUUCUACCUCGUUGUCAUCUAAUUCGAAUACGUGCCUUAACCUAGAGUUCACUCUUGGAAGACCAAGCUGGCAAAAGGACCAUGUUCAUCAUGACCCGUCCAAUAAUGAAUUAAACCUUCUCAAGUGUUGAAACACCACAACGUAACAAAAUAGCAUUUUUCUCUCUCCUUUUGUCGGUUGGAAGUUGAGAAAAUAUCAGUACUACACGCAUUAAUUUGUACCAGUUUCCCCGAAUUUUGUCUUUGUUUUGUCAUGCAUGAAAGAAUGGGAAAUGGUAAUUGCUAAUAUACACACACACACACACACACA